ACCAUUCCGCGUCCAUGUUCAUGUCACUAGUUGAUCAGAUGUUCUGAACUCUUAUGCAUGUUGCUUGUGCAAAGUCAUUUGUGAAAACUAGUUUUACCACUGUUUGGUAUUUCUGAGACGAAAUAAAAUCAAAACAUUUUACGCAUUAAUUUUAUUUCAUAAAUGCAGAACGUUUCCUUGUUAUAUAAUUAUUGAAGUUUGCAGGUUGAAAAUUGAGGUUAUAAUUGUGUUUACGUGUCAAAUUGUUUUGGAAAAAUGCCGGACAGCGAACAGUCAUACGAAAAUUCCGACGUAGCAAAUUUCUAUGCUGGAAAGAAUGUUUUCAUCACAGGUGGUACUGGAUUUGUUGGGAUUUGCUUGAUUGAAAAACUGCUCAGAUCAUGUCCAGAUGUUUCCAAAAUUUACAUUUUAAUGCGCCCAAAAAAAGGUGUCGAAAUAGAAAAAAGACUGGAAGAAUUGACCAAAAAUUUGAUAUUCGAACGUUUGCGGAAUAAAAACCCAAAUGAUGACUCCAUAUUCAAAAAACUCAGGGCUAUUGCUGGUGAUGUCGGAGAACCUGAGUUGGGCAUCUCGAGUGCAGACCGACAAUUGUUAGCUGAAGAAAUCAAUAUUGUAAUUCAUAGUGCUGCCACUUUAGAUUUUCAGGCUACGUUAAAACCAACUGUCGAUAUUAAUCUGCUUGGAACAAGAAGAAUGAUGGAACUUGCUUCAACAAUGAAGAAGCUUGUUGCCCUUGUACAUGUGUCUAGUGCUUAUGUGAACAGUUUUAAACUCGAAACAGAAGAAAUAUUAUAUCCAGCUCCAGACGAUGCUGAAAAAGUUAUUGGAUUCGCCAAUACACUCAGUGAAGAUGCCCUGGAUGAACUCACACCAAAAUUAUUGAAAGAUCAUCCAAAUACAUACACAUUCACGAAACAUUUGGCAGAACAUGAAGUAAAUAAGGUUGCUUCUAAAUUUCCUUGUGCUAUUGUCAGGCCUAGCAUGAUUACUGCAUCAUGGAAAGAACCCGUUCCUGGAUGGACUAUAAGUAAGAAUGGUCCACAAGGUUUUUUGAUGGGUGCUUCUAAAGGUGUUGUUAGAAGAUUACCAGUUGGAAAAGAUCUCAUUUAUGAUUAUAUUCCUGUCGAUAUUGUUGUAAACCAGUUGCUGGUUGCUGCAUAUCAGGCUGCCAAACUAAAAUCAAGUGACUUACUGAUAUACCAUUGUACAUCGAGCACAUACAGACCAUUCCGAUGGGCUACAGUUGAAAGUAAGAUCAAUGGAUAUUUACAUAAGUAUCCACUCAAAUCGGCUGUCUGGUACCCACACUUAAAAUUAUUGCCAAGCAUUUGGUUAUUCAAAAUAUCAGCGCUUUUCUUCCAUUUCCUGCCUGCUUAUGUUUUAGAUUUUGUAACUAGAAUUGCUGGUGGACGGCCAAUUCUUGUUAAACUACACACAAAUGUGAAUGCAUCUUUAAACCGUUUGGAACGCUUUAUUUUUACUGAAUGGAAAUUUGACAACAGCAAAACUCUUGCUUUAAAUAAAAGCCUUUCAGAAGUAGACAAAAAUUUAUUCAGAAUUGAUAUUGCAACUUUGGAUUGGGGUAACUAUUUUAUUGAUCUUACCCAAGGUGUCAGACGAUACCUCAGCAAUGAAGGACCCAAAACACUCAAUGCAGCAAGAGGCAAGGACACGAUGCUGAUGAUCAUGCACUUAGCAUUCCAAGGAAUAAUGUUCUCAUUGAUGUGGUAUUUAGGUUCUUGUGCAUUGGGAAUGCCUAUGACCAAAUGUCCAUGGUUAGUUCCUGCAUUUUAUAUCCUGUUCAGCUUUUUAUAAAGAGUGAUCUUUUUAAAAGCAAAAUUUAAUAUAAACAAUCAUCUUCUAAUGCAUUCCAUAUGUGAGGGAACAAUCCCUUAUUUUAACAUUUUGUAUUUUGAUAAUUUUAUAUUUUUUACUUGAAUAUAAAAUACUCUACAUUUAGCUCAUCCUCGCUUGAUAUCAUUUUAAAUAUAAAUGGAGUAGUACAGAGGUUUUGGGGUGUAUUCUCUCAGAGAGUAUAACUAUUAGGAAGAGCUGAUUAUUAUCACAAUCUGAUUACCUGAAUUAUUUGAAGGAAUGAUUUUGAAAAUUGAUUAUUUUGUUGAUGACAAAUGUAUACAGACAAUUGCUAUAAAAUUUGUUUCCUACCUGAAAAUACGAAUGAAGAAAAAGUUUCUGAACAAAGUUUCUAAAUUUUUUGAAAAUCGAGAUG